AUGUCCAGCGAGGAUGUUGACUUCAUCAAAGGAUACGCGCUACAUGCAGAAAAUAAGGGGGAACAAGAUCUAAGUCUCGGUUAUGCUUAUCCUACGAUAAUUAAGUUAGAAGAUGCCAAUGUACUUGUAUUAAAUAGAAAAAGCUAUCGAAAAUCAAGUCAGGAAUCAAUAUUAAGGGAAGAUGGAUUAUAUGUUUCUGAUAAUCCUUUUAUUUACAGUGACAUUGAACCACAACUUGAUCAUAUGCAAAUCUUAGAAUAUCAGAGGAAACAUAAAUUCUCUGGAAAACUUGUAAAGAUUGUACUUCGUAAAGUCGAUAUUAAUACUUUAAGAGAUCAAUCAGAUACAAUCGAAAUUACAUCUGUUUAUUUGUUGUUUAAGAAUAAAGUUAUAUGUAAAACAAAUAGACCUUUCAAUAGAAAAUUACAUAAACUAUUGAUCAAGAAUUCAGAAUGCAACAAUUUAUUUAUACAGGUGCAUGCCAAAGGAGGACAGUCUAGUAUAUUGCCAUUGCCAUUACCUAAACGAAAUGUUGAAAACAAUAAAGUAGACAUAGACUUUGCAAUAAGUGAUAAUCUAGGUAGAAUACAUGGUGGCACAGUCACAUGUACCAUUACAUUAAAUAAUUAUGGUACAAAAGCACAAGAACCAUACACAACACAUUUUUACAAAUUAAGUAAUGAUCCAAAUGAUCCACAAAUUAGUCUAUCCUUACUCAGACCAACCAAAACUAUUUGCAAAAAACAAGUUAAAUAUUUUUUAUUGGAAGAUCCAGCAUUGACCUUCAAUAGUGAUCCAGAGGUCACUAUUUCUAAAAAAGUUCAAGUAGAUGAAGAAAAAUCACCAGAUAUAGUUGUAAUCGAACAACCAGCAUUUUCUUUAUUUGACAUAUCUUUUGGAGAUUUGUUUCAAGCUAAGAGACCAUUAGAACUACCAACAAGUACCCGAAGACACCAUGCAAUAGGAAAAACUAUUCUGACUGUUAAUGUGUUACGUGGAAUAGAAAUACCAAUCAGAGAAGAAUCUGCAUUGGUUCAACCAUUUGUAGAAGUUGAAUGGGGUAACACAGUUCACGCAACAGUUAUAGCAGAAGGACCAGCACCUGUGUGGCAACAAACAAUGCAUUUUGAGUUACCAAAACAAAAUGAUGAAUACUGUAUAAAAUUUCGUUUAUACGAUCAGCAUCCUGUUUGGGGUCAACAAUGGCUAGGUGAAACUAGAAUUCCGAUUGAGCAUCAUAGGAAUUAUCAAGAACUGGAACGAUGGAUCACAUUAUCUACUUUGUUCAGUCCAUUGCUAUUAUUUGGAUAUGUGCAAGCCAGUCCUGGUCAAUCAUAUACACGUAUUUAUGUUUUAAUUAAAAUGGAACAUCCAAGUACUCAGUCUAUGGAAAAUACUACUGUAAAUACGUUAUUGAAAGGAAUUCCAAGAUGUCUUGUUACACCAUAUAAAAUUAAUGAUUUGGAAAAUGCAAAGGAUGUUGCAAGACUAGCGAUGCUUAUACCAUCACUGCCAACCUAUUAUGGACCAGUAACACCACGUCAGGCAUUAAAUAUAAAGAAGGUAGAUCACUAUGGAAGAGCAGCUUUACUCGCAUCAUUGUUACAAGGCUUAAGUUUACAAACAUAUGUUUUAUUAGGUUCCUCGCAAAUCAGUAAGUGGACUGCAUUUGUUCUAAGUAUUAGUGAAAAUGGGAUAUACACAUUGUGGGACCCAGAAACAGGAAAUUAUCAUAAAAUGGAUGAUAGUCAUUGCCCCUUAAUGAAGGUUUCCCGUUUAAUCAAUCACUUUGGUAUGUGGGAAAAUUUACAAAAAUCUAUUUUACCUCAUAAUCUCAAAUAUGAUGUGAAAUCAAAUAAAGACUGGCGACCCAUUGAAUCAACUUCAGCAAAAAGUGAUCAUACAAUUCAAGUACUUGAAUUAAGUAUUACAGAUGAAGAAGUGAAGCAAUUUAAAAAAGUGUCUGUGGAGAUGGAGCAACAUUUGAAAGACAAAUUGGCUGAAUGGCGUAGUAUAGUUGGUUUGACAACAAUAUUUAAUCGACACGCAACAACUGUCUUACGAAAUUUUAUUUUGAAGAUAGAACCUUCUUCAGAACCACAGCUAGAUAAAAGAGAUUUGAAACAAUUGCACAGAGCUUACCAUAUACAUGGCUUUGUGUUGAAUAAGCGUGAUAGCAAUAAGAAUGAUUUAACUGAACAGUUAAAUGCAACAAAAAUUCAUAACAUUACUGGUCCAAUUGAAUUUGCUCUGGUGUGUCACAUACAGCCUUAUGUUGGAAAAAUAUGUUCGAUGUGGUUGGCUGUUAUAAUUCUAAGAAGUCGUGAUUAA